UUCUUUGUUGCUUAUAUUGGCAGUAUUGAGCAAUAUGACCGAUUGUCGAGAUGGCGGCGACGUGAUGUUUACACUUUUUAUAACUUGAAUGUGAUUGUUUGCAAACAUUAUUUCCAAUGGCUACUCAAAAACCAGUGGAAUGGGUGUCAUCCCUAAUGAGUAGGUUUGAAGAAAGGUUACCGAGUCGUGCGGGGCCUCAAACAUGUACUACAAGAGUGAACGAAGAAAACUCAAAGGAGUGUCUCAUCCAGAUCAGUCGAUACCGUUUUUCUCUUGUCAUUUCUGGCCUAACAAAAAUUCUUCAACGAGUCAACGAAACGUUCUUGGCUAUAAUGUCUGGAUCGAAGCCUCAUGGCCCUGAAAUGGAGAAGAACUGCUACGAAUCCUUGUUAAUUGUCCUUGAUACACUGGAAAGGUGUCUUUCAAAUCAACCGAAAGAUACGACAAGAUUUGACGAGACAAUGAACGUAAAAAUACUAUUGCGUGAAAUUUGUCAAUUUCUAGAAGUCCCCAUCCAUAAUGAUUUCACAAAUCAGCAACUGAAAACUCUCGCAUCAAAAGUAUUGUUUGCUCUGAGUAUUAAUUUUUUCAAUGCUGUCUUCAACAGAAUAUCUGCGAGGCUACAAGAGCUAAGUACAAGCACAGAAGAAAAUCCAGAUUACAGUGAUAUAGAACUUAUCCAUCACAUCAAUGUUGAUAUUAUCAAACUAGUAAAGCUUCUGAAUGAAUCUAUAUCAAAGUUCAAACUUCUAAAGAAAUCUGCUCACCAAGUGCUCAUGGCUGCUUUAGAAAAGGCGAUAUGGAAUUGGAUGGAUGUGUAUCCACACGAGUUUGCUGAAGUUCAGAAAUGUCCCAACGAAGACCUUGUGAAAUGUUGUGAAGCGCUGUUUGAUAUAUUGGAUAGUUUUGCUGAUGCGAAGAAAGGCAGAGCCACUCAUGCUUGGCCUCUGCAAAUGAUGGUGCUCAUUCUUUCGCCUAAAGUGCUGGAAGAAAUAGUGAAUGCCGACUCGGGUGCCCCCUGCUCGCCACGACAUUCCAAGAAGAAACUGUUCAUCGACUCUGUGAGAAGGGCUGUCAGCUCACCGAACAACAGCAAACAGCUGACAGAAGCUGCUGUUGUCACGUGUGUCAAACUAUGCAAGGCAUCCACCUACAUCAACAAUCUGGACUCGAACAAUGUUGUCUUCACUCUUGUGCAGAGCGUCAUCAAUGAUCUCAAGAAUACAUUAUUCAACCCAUUGAAACCGUUCUCACGUGGUCAGAACUGGGUCUCCAAUGACAUCGAGCUGAUGAUCGAUUGUUUUGUUUCCUGUUUUCGUAUCAAACCUCACAACAACGAAGCUCUUAAAGUCUGUCUAAAUCCAAACUUUCCCUCCACAUAUCAUUAUGUACUCAUCAUUUCAUUGUACAGGAUAGUCACUCAACCUAGGCUUCAAUGGUGGCCUAACAUAGAUCUAGUCUACAGUAAAUCAUCCGAACUGCGUUCCAUGUUUACUGAUACACUUAACAAAGUUACUCAAGGAUAUAUAGCUCAUACACCUCUACGAAUGAUCCAGUCACUCACGUUGAAAAGUAAAGACUCUACUUCAAAAUUCAAAGAAAAGGGUGAAGAAGUUCCAGGUUAUCGAAAUUUGUUGUUUUGGAUGGUUCGUCUGAUACAUGCUGAUCCCAUGUUGAUGCUCAAUAACCAAGGAAAGACGGGUCAUGAAAUUCAGAUCUCAACAUUGGAACUAAUAAAUGGAUUGGUGAGCCUUGUCCAUCAGCCCACCAUGCCUGAUGUCGCUCAAGAAGCUAUGGAAGCAUUGCUCAUUCUUCACCAGCCUGAUAAAAUUGAAAUCUGGAAUCCAGAAGCUCCAAUCAACACGUUCUGGGACGUGAGUUCACAAGUAUUGUUCUCGAUAUCGCAAAAGUUGAUCCAACACCAAAUACUCAAUUACACAGAUAUUCUGAAGUGGCUAAGAGAGAUACUGAUAUGUCGCAAUGAAUUCCUGUUGCGACAUAAGGAUUACGCCAAUGUUGGCAGCCAUAUACCAAUCUGCAAACAAGCUCAUAUCAAGUUAGAUGUUGUUUUCUUCAUGUACCUAUGGAGCAUUGACAUAGAAGCAGUUAUAGUGUCCAUGUCCUGCUUCAGCUUGCUAUGUGAAGAAGCGGACAUCCGGUCCGGCUCAGAUGAAGUGACGGUGACAUUCCUUCUGCCCAACUAUCACCUCUACCAAGAACUUGCUCAAGCAUCAACUGUUUUGACAACAGCCAGCACGGAAUCCAAACCGUUCUACCGUGAACAGUGCGAGGAGAAGUGUGAGUAUCUUUUAUCAUUGAAAGCAUGGGAAGAGACUUUCCGCAACUGGGAAGGCUUGACGAAAAUGCUCACAUCUUAUCCGAAAGCCAAACUUGAAGACGGACAAAUGGAGCCAUUUCAUCGCUCUGUCGGCAAAAGGAGAGCGUCUCAUCAAAAUUCGGACCAUGAACUCGAAGAUCAAUUAAACGAAUGGGCCAACAUGACUGGCUUUUUGUGUGCUCUGGGUGGAGUUCUCCUGCAACGAAAGUCGCCUUCCAAACCACCUACUGGCACAAUCGAUCCCCGCAAAACAAGUGUUAUGCCCAAUACCAGCCAAGAAGUCCAGUAUUGUCCCGUCACGCAGUUUGUUGGACAGUUAUUGCGGCUACUAGUUUGCAACAACGAAAAAUUUGGAAAUCCCAUUCAGAAGCAUGUGAAAGAGCUGGUCGGCCACGAAAUGUCUCCGGCUCUCUAUCCAAUCCUGUUCGAUCAGAUCAAAGCCAUUGUUGAAAAGUUCUUCGACACUCAUGGACAGGUGAGUGUGAUUGUUCUAGAAAUCAACACCCAGUUCAUCGAGCACAUAAUUUUCAUUAUGAAAAACGUUCUUGAAAAGAAAAUGGAACAGCCUUCCGAAUCACUAGGAUCAACUAGUAUUGAGGGCAUGAUGUUAGCAAUUGUUAGGUACGUGAGGCAUCUGGAUAUAACAGUACAUGCGAUUCACAUCAAAACCAAACUGUGUCAGCUGGUUGAAGCUAUGAUGAAACGGCGAGACGAUUUGGCUUUCAGACAGGAGAUGAAAUUCAGAAACAAAUUGGUGGAAUACCUUACGGAUUGGGUGAUGGGCUCAUCGCAUCAGAUUGCACCACCUAGCUCCGGGGAUGUCAGCAUUAUUACUAGUUGUGAUUUUUUCUUCAGAGACCUGGAUCAGGCCUGCAUGGAGGCGGUGGCUGCCCUCCUCAGAGGUCUGCCCCUCCAGCCCGAGGAAUCAGACCGAGGCGAUCUCAAGGAAGCAAAGAGCCAACUCUUUCUCAAGUAUUUCACGCUGUUCAUCAACCUGCUGAACGACUGCACGGACGCGCAAGACCUGGAGAAGGACGUAGCCAGACAGCGGUCGGCAAGUGGUGGCAAACUGAACACACUGCGCAACGCAACCAUCCAAGCCAUGUCCAAUCUGCUGUCGGCCAACAUUGACAGCGGUCUGAUGACGUCGAUCGAGUUGGCCUACAACCGCGACCUGCAGACGCGUGCCGCCUUCAUGGAAGUGCUGACUAAGAUACUGCAGCAGGGCACCGAGUUCGACACGCUGGCCGACACAGUUCUGUCUGACCGGUUUGAACAGCUCGUGCAGUUGGUAACCAUGAUCAGUGACAAGGGAGAGCUGCCAAUCGCCAUGGCACUCGCCAACGUCGUCACUACUUCUCAAAUGGAUGAGUUGGCCAGAGUAUUUGUGACACUAUUCGACGCCAAGCAUCUGCUGGCGCCGCUGCUGUGGAACAUGUUCUACAGAGAGGUCGAAGUGUCCGAUUGCAUGCAGACGCUUUUCAGAGGAAACUCGCUAGGAUCCAAAAUAAUGGCGUUCUGCUUCAAGAUCUAUGGCGCAUUGUACUUGCAGACCUUAUUACAACCAUUGAUUCAACCUCUCAUCGACGAUGAGACGCCUGUGAGCUUCGAAGUAGAUCCUGCUAGGCUUGACCCAACCGAGGAUAUCGAAGAAAAUAGGAAGAAUCUAAUCGCGCUCACAGAAAAAGUAUUUGUAGCUAUUGUUUCUUCUGCAGAUAAAUUUCCUCCACAACUGCGAAGUAUGUGUCAUUGUCUCUACCAAGUUCUUAGUAAACGGUUUCCACAAGUUCCUCAGAAUAACAUCGGUGCUGUUGGCACAGUUAUUUUCCUCCGCUUCAUUAAUCCUGCUAUAGUUUCACCUCAAGAAAUGAAUAUCGUGGAAAAGCCUGUAUCUCAGCCUGUGAAAAGAGGACUGAUGUUGAUGUCGAAGAUUCUGCAGAACAUUGCCAAUCAUGUGGAGUUCAGCAAGGAGCAGCACAUGAUUCCAUUCAAUGACUUCUUGCGAUCUCAUUUCGAGAUUGGACGCAGGUAUGUAACACAACAACUUCGUUUGAAAAUCACAGGGAACAACCUAGUAAUCGAAUCCUAUCGGAAACUAAUAAGCUGUGACAGGGGUGUGGAAGAAAAUAAUAAUAGAAGAUACCUUGUCAAAGACACUAUUAAUAAUAGAUAUUUUAAAGACUCAUAUAGUCUGAAAAUAAUACAUCAAAACAUUGAUGGAAUAGUUAGUAAGGUAGCUCUUUUAGACAUCUUGGUGGAGGAUGAACAACCAGACAUUUUAAUAUUGACCGAGCAUGGCUUGAAAGAUUAUGAAAUCAAUUCCCUACCUAUCAAUAACAUGUCUCUAGUGUGUAGUUACUGCAGAGUUGAUAUGAGAAAAGGAGGAGUGGUCGUGUAUGCCAGUCUUGAAUUUUUGAAUGCUAUUGAUCAUAAAUUUACUGUUAUUAAUAUUUCUGAUUUGAGUCACAUUAAGGAUAUUGAAAUAUGUGGCUUCAAUUUUAAGAUUGAUGGAGAUCCGUAUGCUAUAGUAGGUCUGUAUCGAUCACCUAGCGGUGAUACUAAUAUAUUUCUUGAAAACCUUGAAAUUUUAUUUAAUCGUAUUUGCAGUCAUGUAUCUAAUAACGUCAUUGUUGCAGGCGAUUAUAAUAUUAAUGUUUUAGAUAGUUCUUCUGAACAUAGAAAUCUUGUAAAUAUUCUGAAUCUUUUUGAUUUACACUACACGAUUAAAGAACCAACAAGAAUUUCUAGAAUAAGCAGAACAGCAAUUGAUAACAUUGUCACUAACAUUGAAAAAGGUAUAUAUUCAGUACAGGUUGUUCAUACACUGUUAUCAGACCAUACUGCACAGGUUUUUCGCACACAUGGCACACGUGAUUCCACCAGAUUCAAGUCUAAACAAAUUCAACUUGGUAUUCCAAUGUAUACUUGUUCUAAUGAAAACAUAAUAAAAAUGAAAACCUCUUUGAGUGGUGAAUCAUGGGCUUCAGUUUAUAAUGCAAUAGAUGUAAACAGCCAAUUUGCGAGGUUCCAUGAAAUUUUACAGUCUCAUCUUGGCAUAAAUUGCCCUUUGAGAUGUAGAAGAAAAAAAACUCAGAGCAAAAAGAGAUUAAAAGGUGAAUGGAUUACCGACGAAAUUGAGCAAAUAAGACAUCUUUUGGAAGUGGCUAAAAUCAGAAUUAAUAAUGGUUUGAGAAUUGAUAUGGAGCAAUUGAAAGCUAUUAAAAAAAUUUAUGAUUAUGAAGUUGUUCAGGCAAAAAAGCAAUAUAUGAGUAAUAUAAUUUUGAGAGCUUCAAAUAAAUCAAAAACAAGCUGGAAAAUCAUUAAUGAAUUUAGAGGUAAAACAAAACAAACACAGCCUAAUAUAGAACUAAAAGAAAAUGAAAAAAUUUUAACUGAUUCCAAGCAGGUAGCUGAUGCAUUUAAUAAAUUCUUCAUAUCAAUGGCACCCAAAUUAAAGGCUCAAAAAUCAAAUCUACAAAUUAAUGACUCCUCUUCUUCAAAUUCAAAUUUUAACAGAAAUUUUUUCUUGUUUCCAACUAAUAAUGAUGAGAUUAUAAAAAUAAUAAAAAGUAUCAAAACGAAAAAUAGUGUUGGAUUUGAUAAUAUCCCAGUGACAGUGAUUAAGGAAUGUUGUAUUGAAAUAGCUCCACCACUAGUAUUCAUAAUGAAUAACGCUUUCGAAACGGGUAUUUUCCCAGAUCUACUUAAAAUUGCCAAGGUAAAACCAUUGUUUAAACAAGGUGCUAGAACUGAUAUACAAAAUUAUAGACCUAUUUCUAUUCUUCCAUCUCUGUCAAAGGUAUUUGAGAAACUAAUUUAUUCCAGGAUAAUGACUUACCUCGAAAAAUUUGAUUUAAUUUCAGCUUGUCAAAAUGGUUUUGUAAAAGGUAGGUCGACAAUUACUGCAGCGGUCACUUUUGUUGAGAAUGUUAUUGAACAGGUCGAUAAGGGAAACUUUGUUAUCGGUACAUUCAUGGAUCUUUCAAAGGCCUUUGAUAGCGUUGAUAACGACAUACUUCUUGAUAGGCUUUCAAAUAUUGGAAUAAGAGGAAUCUGUAGUUGUCUAAUCAAGUCCUAUUUGACAAAUAGGUUUCAAUUUGUUACAGUUGAAUCUCAGUCUCAUGUAGCUCAAUCGAUGCGAUUGAGUGUUACAAGAGGGGUGCCACAGGGUUCUAUUUUAGGCCCAUUGCUCUUUGUCCUUUACACUAACAAUGUGCAAGCCUCAGUCCCAGUAGGUUUGAAUAUUACACUCUACGCUGACGAUACAUCAUUGAUGUUCAACAACAAAAACUUGAAUGAUCUUGAGGUAGAAGCUAAUGUUAAAACAAAUUUGGUUGCACAAUAUUAUAAUGAGUCAAAAUUGGCAGUGAACCCGCAAAAGAGUAAGUGUAUUCAAUUUGGGUCUAAAAAUCAUCUCUUCCAGCCUAUGAUUAGUAUUGGCGAUUCAAUGGUUGAAAAUGUAACAGAGGCAAACCUACUGGGGUUAAUGAUAGACAAGGAUCUCUCAUGGAAUGUGCAUACUGAUGAAUUGGCCACUAGAAUCAGUAGUAAUCUGUUUGUAUUAAGGAACAUGGUUAGGUAUGUGCCCAAUGAAACAGCAAAAACAUUAUAUUAUGCACUGAUUUACUCUCAUAUUUCAUAUGGUAUAGAGCUCUGGGGUAGCACAACAUUACAGAAUAUUAACAAGAUAUUUGUACUACAAAAGCGUGCUAUUAGGUACUUGGCGGGCCUGGGGUUUAAUCAUCCUUGUAGAGAAUAUUUUAAGAAAAUGUCUAUAUUAACAGUACCGUGCAUUUUUAUUUUUAAAACAAUAUUGUAUGUUGUAAAAAAUAUUGAUAGAUUUGUGACUCAUGCACAGGUACACUCUCACAAUACAAGGAAUAGAAAUGAUUUGACUGUGCAACCUCAUAGGCUAGCUAUGUUCGACAAAAUGGCCACUCUACUCGCCUACCUUGGUCCUCCUGAGCAUAAACCUGUCGAUUCCAACGUUCUCUUCACACCCUACAAUAGAUGGAACUCUAUCAAUAUGUCGGGAUCGAACUUCGAAGAUCUAAUGGUGAAGCACAAUAUGCACGAAAAAGAGGAAUUCAAGUGUAUCAAGAGUUUGAAUAUUUUCUAUCAGGCUGGAACGUCGAAAGCAGGAUAUCCUGUAUUCUAUUAUAUUGCUCGGCGUUACAAGAUCGGCGAUACCAAUGGCGACCUUCUCAUUUAUCAUGUGAUAUUGACGCUGAAGCCGUUCAGCCAUUCUCAGUUUGAGCUGGUUGUCGAUUUUACUCACACAUGUUCUGACAACCGAUUCAGGACAGAGUAUUUGCAAAAAUGGUUCCAGAUUCUGCCUCCGUUUGCUUACAACAAUAUUCAUGCGGCUUACAUCUACAACUGCAAUAGCUGGGUUAGAGAGUAUACAAAGUUUCAUGAUCGGAUAUUCGCUCCCAUCAAGGGGAAUCGCAAGUUGAUCUUCAUAGAAGCACCUGCCAAACUGAACGAGUUCAUUGACCCUGAUCAGCAGAAGCUACCAGGCGCCACUCUGUCGCUCGAUGAAGACCUCAAAGUGUUCAACAAUGCAUUGAAGCUGUCACAUAAAGAUACCAAAGUUGCAAUCAAGGUUGGACCUACAGCUAUGCAAAUCACCUCAUCGGAAAAAACCAAAGUGCUUUCACAUUCUGUGCUGCUCAACGACAUCUACUAUGCAUCGGAAAUCGAAGAAGUUUGCCUAGUUGACGACAACCAAUUCACUUUGACUAUAGCCAACGAAUCCGGGCCUCUCUCAUUCAUUCACAACGACUGUGACUGUAUUGUCCAAGCUAUCAUUCACAUACGAAAUCGAUGGGAACUAUCUCAACCAGAAUCAGUGACUGUGCACAAAAAGAUUCGACCCAAGGACGUACCUGGAACUUUGCUCAACAUGGCGCUACUGAACCUUGGGUCCUCCGACCCAAAUUUGAGGACAGCUGCUUAUAAUCAGCUCUGCGCUUUGACACAAUUCUUCGAUCUCCGAAUCGAAGGACAACUGCUCGAAACAUCUGGAUUGUGUAUACCGUCCAAUAACACAAUUUUCAUCAAGUCUGUGAGUGAGAAACUCGCUACUAACGAGCCUCAUCUGACCUUGGAAUUCUUGGAAGAAUGUAUUGGAGGUUUUCGUAUGUCAACAAUUGAAUUGAAGCAUUUAUGCUUGGAAUAUAUGACUCCCUGGCUUCCCAACUUAGUCAAGUUUUGUAAGCCAUCGGAUGACAAUAAACGGCAACAAAAAGCUGAGAAAGUUGGCCAAAUUCUAGAAAAACUGAUCACUCUGACGGUUGAAGAGGUUGAGAUGUAUCCAUCCAUUCAAGCUAAAAUAUGGGGUUCCAUUGGUCAGGUUCCUGAGUUGAUCGAUAUGGUGUUGGAUUGCUUCAUCAAGAGAUCGACAGAAGGCGGUGUCGGUUCGCAAGUUGUUGAGAUAAUGGCCGACACGGCUGUUGCUUUGGCAUCCGCCAAUGUUCAACUGGUUGCCAAAAAAAUAAUUGGUAGAUUGUGUAGGGUGCUGGACAAGACAGGAGCGUCGCCGACGCCCCUGCUGGAGCAACACGUGUUGUGGGAUGACAUCGCCAUCCUGGCCCGCUACCUGCUCAUGUUGUCGUUCAACAACUGCCUGGAUGUGGUGCGUCAUCUGCCCUACCUCUUCCACGCGGUCACCUUCCUCGUCUGCUCCGGCUCACUGAGCAUGCGCGCCUCCACGCAUGGACUCGCCAUCAACGUCAUCCACUCGCUCUGUACCUGCACCAAACCGUCCUUUGAAAAUGAGACUAAGCAAGUGAUGCGUCUCAGUCUUGAUGCAUUUUCGUUGACCAAGUAUUAUAACCUUUUCGGCAUCAGCAAAGUGAAAUCGGCUGCAGUCACCGCUUUCCGAUCAAGCUACCGGCAUCCCAAUGAUCGGUUGCUCGGAUCUGAGCGCUAUUUCAGUGCCAUUUCUGCAGAUAGGGAAAUAUUGUCAUUGUCUUCUCUAGAACUCAUAACAGAUGCUCUUCUGGAAAUAAUGGAGGCAUGCAUGCGUGAUAUACCAGACUGUGAUUGGCUGCAGACAUGGACUGCUCUUGCAAAGAAUUUUGCAUUCUGCUACAACCCCGCCCUCCAACCACGUGCAUUGAUAGUUCUAGGAUGUAUUUGUAAAAGUGUAACCGAUCAUGAUAUCAAACAAAUCUUGAGAAUACUCGUGAAAGCUCUGGAAAGUUUCAAUGAUAUAGUGCUUUUGGAAGCUUUGGUGAUGUGUCUGACAAGGCUGCAACCCCUACUCAGAUCGGAAUCUCCAAUCCAUCGAGCUCUUUUCUGGGUGGCUGUCUCUGUCCUGCAACUGGAUCAGGUGUCGCUCUACGCAGCUGGACUAGCAUUGCUCGAACAAAAUCUCCACACUCUAGAUUCGCAAGGAGUCUUUGAAAACAAGUCUUUGGAAAGUGUUUUGAUGGCCACCCGAGAGCCUCUUGAAUGGCACUUCAAACAGCUGGACCAUGCAGUUGGACUCAGCUUCAAAGCCAACUUCCACUUUGCACUUGUCGGCCACCUGCUGAAAGGCUUCCGACACUCGAGUCCGACGACCGUUGGCCGCGCGCAGCGAGUUCUCAACUCGAUGCUCGGCAUCAUUGCCAAGCCGACCAAACGAGACAAGUUCGAAGUGACUCCGGACAGUGUCGCCUAUCUAGCCGCUCUUCUGUCAGUCUCUGAAGAAGUGAGAAGCAGAUGUCACGUGAAGCAUGCUGUGCAGAGGCUUGAACAAAUGGGACCCCUGCAACAGUUGGCGGCUGGAUUAAGCCAAAGAACUGAUUCGGUGCACUCCAACCGUCGCCAAAAAUCGUGGGAUCUGCUCGAUCAGAAUGCUCUUGCCCAAGCACGCCAGCACAAACAGCAAACGCAGGUGAGCCCCAACGGAGGUGGGGGAGAAAGUAGUUUUAACAACCCUAGCGCUAGUAGCUCUGGCAAAGGCUGGCGUAGUUUGGACGAGGCCGCCCCCACACCCCCCUCCCAGCCCUCCCGUUCCCUGUUCCGGACCCAGCGAUCGUCGUCCGUUCCCGCGCCGGAAACCGAAACGGAACCGAACCGGGAACCCAACCAACCAGAGCCGGCCACCGACUCAGCCAUUCCGACCAAACAGGACAGGAACGCCCGUGUCUCGGUUUCGAACGAGAACAAUGUGAUGUUGGACCCGGAAGUACUAACUGACUUUCAAACGCAAGCACUUUUAUUGACCGUACUUGCCACCCUUGUCAAGUACACUUCAGAUGAAGCCGAAACCAGAGUGCUAUAUCAGUACUUGGCCGAAGCGUCCAUCGUAUUUCCAAGAGUCUUUCCUAUCAUACAUAGCUUGCUGGACGCAAAGCUGCAGGCAGUUAUGCAGGUGUGUCAGGACCAGGUGAUAUUGAGCAGUGUGCAGUGCAUCGUUCAGAACAUGAUUGCCUUUGAGGACUACAGUCAGCAGCAGCUGCAUUACCUGCAGUCAUGUGGAUUCGGCGGCCUCUGGAGGUUUGCUGGACCCUUUCCAAAGAGCAAUUGCACGGCUGAAAAUGCAGAGCUGUUUGUAAAUUGUCUGGAAGCGAUGGUUGAGACGUGUCUGCCGGUCGAGGAGGGUGAAAUCGAAAUGCCACAGUAUCCCUCCAUGCUGAGUGUCUCCUCCAAUAUGAACCUGUCAUCUUCGCUCUCCAGUCUGACUCUUGCAUCACCCACUGAUAAAGAGCCAAUGAUGGAUGGGGACGCCGCAAGUGGAACUGUGUCACUGGGCCGAGCGUCUUUUAGCAAAUCAAGAUCGACGAUUAAAAAGACUUCGACAGAAUGAGAUUCGUUACGCCUGCUUCAGGCAGGAUCAACAUUUAGUCUAAAUUGGCUGUAGAAUAGUUCAGAUAUAUAUUUCUAUUACCACGGAAGAAAACCAUUUGGUGAUCUCACACUAUUAAGUACAGUAUGUAAAUUAGUAAUUUUAUAAUAAUGACUUGAAAAUAUCAAGAGCCUAGCUAUAUGAUAAGAGCCUAGCCCUAGUUAUGAACUCUAACAAUGAAUUUACACGAUAGAUAUUUGCAAAUGAGAAUUGCUAUUCUAUUCUAUGUGAGGAAAUCGCAGGGACCAAAAUCUCAGUUGCUUUUUCAUAUCAAAUCCAUUUUCUAUUCCAAUUCUUAUUUUCUAUGUUUUCUUAUUGGAAAACUCUGUUCUCAAUCCCUAAAGUCAAAUUUUUAUUUAUCUUAAUCCAACUAUAUUCGACACUGCACAAAGAAAGGCGAACAAAAUCGAAAGCUCCUAAUAACCUUCGAAAAUAUUGAAAUAUGUUAUUUCAUUUUCAUCCAUUGUAUAAGCUUAAUAUGGUAAUAACAUAUUAUACAAUAAUGUUCAAGUAAUUUUGAAUUAUUUAAAUUUUUACAUAGUGUUUUCAUAGAAAUUGCAUGGAUUUCUUGAAGUUUGACGUGAAUUUCUAUCUAGCCCCAAUAUAGAUAGAAUUACAAGAAUGCGUUGUUGAUUCAAGAUACGCAGUUUUAAUGGUAUUAUUAAAAUUCUAAACGGAUGUUUAGUUUUUCUUGACUUGAUUUGAAAAUAAAUGACAAUUUCGUAUCUACUCAGUUGUGAGUAAAUGGACAAAGUAUUGCUAUAUAAUUAUAUUUCGAAUCUUUUAUUAUGACUUUUUGAACUGAGAAUAAAUCCAGCGUUCUCCAAAAUAUUUAUUAAUAAGUUCUCUUCAGUUUUUACUUUAGAUUGUGAGUGCUUUCUUUGGUUCUCCAUUUUAUUUUCUUCACUCAUAAAUUUUUCAAAAUCCAAAAAAUGAAAGCAAUUUCUGAAAAGAUAAUGAACCAGAUCGGUAAAAUUAAAACUGGACUAUAGUCCAGUUUACAAUCCACAGUGCUAGAAACUGCUCUAUUGCAAAGAAUGUCACUUCUAUCAAAGCAUCCUUAGCGCUGUUUUGAACGGAAAUCGAUAGAAAUCCAUCCACAACAAACCGCAUGGCACAAAAUAUUACAGCAAAAGAUUGGGCAACAAUUGAUUUCAAAGCACAGAACAUGUGCACCAUGCACUAUUUCUCAAAUGGAUUUGAGAAUUAGAAAGAUAUUAGUCAAGCAAUCAAUUGUGGAAUCGAAAAAUCCGUAUUUUUGUGGUGAGAUUGUGUACUCUUUUUGCUUGCCACAACAUUAUAUGAGAUUUAUUAAUCAACAAGUCAACAUGUUGGUCCAACAACCAAGCUGUUGCUUGCCGCACAUUAGAGUCCACUUGCCAACAUGGCCUCCUUGGUGGGCGAAUCGCUGAGUGUCUGCUGUAGACUUUGCAGCAACUAUUUUACUACUAUAGUGAGGUCCACGUUAUAAUGGCAGUAUUUGAUUAAUAUUGGUGUUCUUGUCUAUCAUUCGUCAAAGCAUAUAGCGCUAUCCUUUUCUACCUCUACAACAUUUCCAGAUCGUUUUUGUAGAAAUAUGAUCAAUUAACAAAAUAUUCAAUCUCAAUUAUGAAAAUUUGUUGUUUAAUCAAUGAAAAAUAUUUUUUCCUGACGAAUAAAAAUAUAAUUAUUAUUUUGAACAAGAAUUAACAGUUAGUAUUACAUCAGAUAUACCGGUAUCAGCUAUCCUCUAUUGGAAGGCAGUGACAAGGCAGAGAAUCGGCAACGCUGUCCUCCUAUCUUUCUCCACUGCCAUUAUAAAGUGAAACACACUACUACAGUGGUGGUUGUCGUCCAAGAGGCUUUAAUGUUUCUUAUUAAAUAUUCAAUCAACUCUCGAUGUUAUGUAAUUCCUUCUACCACUUUUCUUAUUGGAAAUUCAGGUUGUGAUCGUUUAGUAUUCCUAAAUUUAUUUCAUUGUUAUUAAAUAUUGACAAUUAGAUAAUUUAUUUUUGUGAAUAAGGGAAGGCUCUAAAACAUAACUUUGCAAUAGUUAUUUUACUUAAUAAAAUGUGCAGGGUCACAAGAACUAGUCUAUUUAAUAGUUGGCUCAGAAAAUUACAACACCAAUUUGAAUUAGUCUGUACGAUAGUACAUUAUAUUCAAGGAAUUGUAGAAUUUUGUAAUGUUCAUUCCCUUAAAAGUAUUUUAGGACUAUUUCAGUUUUGAGAAGUAGGUAAUGAAGAAAAGAUUCUAUUUCAGCGUCAACUAGAAUACGUCAUAUUUUUAUUCAUUCGAUUUUUGACGUUAUAAUCGCAUCUAACUUAUUAUUCUUAAUUAGAUGAUAAUUAAUGUACAUAGUAAACUUUAAAUGUGUGGUUGAAACUUUUUUCAAAGUUUCUUAAUUUAAACUUGUCGAUCUAUCUAAUCAAUUUUCAGUAUCUUUCCAAGUUCAAUUUAAAUUUUGAAUGUCAAAAAUGUACAGUAGAUAAGUAAGGUCAUUUUUCCUGAAUAAUUGAUUGGAACAUUAUUUAAUAUUUAUAAAAAUAUGAUCAUAUAUCAACAAAUAAAUUUAAUAUAAGUUUCAUGAUAGAGAAGAGUCUAGUGUGUUAAAUGGCUGUGAAUACGUAUGGAGGAAUUUGUUAUUAUAUUUGAGAUUUUUUUUCAAGAUGAAUUUACUUAUAAAUGUUGAAGUUAACAAUCUUGUAUUACAUUACUAUUAUUCAUUAAGGUUUUGGUUUUAUGAACGUUUUGGUAAUUGCUUUAAAUUGAUUUCUAUGUUAUUCAGGUAGGCCUAACUUCAUAUUUACUUACUCCUCUUACUUCAUAUUUUCAAAAAAUGAAACAUAAUAUAGAAUGAUUUUUGGAAUAUAUAAAAUCUAGUACCAGAAAAAUAUACAUCUUUUACAAGUAACAUCUUUAUAAAAUUAGGUUAUUAGACUCAAUGACCAGUUAAAAAACUCGUUUUUGAAUGCAUUCAAAGUUCAUAUUGAAAUCUCAUUCAAUUUAUUUUGAAAAUAAUGUAAGUUUUAUUUAUAAAUAAAUUAGUAGGCCUAAUAAUUGAAUUUAGCUUGAUUGUUUUCUAUUUUGUUACAUUUCAAAAUCUCUAUGCUGAUUAAUUUGGUAGAGUGAGAAAUUGUUUGAAUGUGAUCUUAUGAAAUGGAUAUCUAUCCCGGUGAACUGAAUACUGUAGCCUAAUAGCGUGUAAACGUUUUUCAAUAUUAUUACUGAAUGUUUAUUUAUUACUAGUACUACAGCUACUUUCAAUAUUGUGUAUUAUAAUGUGUAAGUUAAUUGUGUAGGAUCAAAAUAACUAAUGGACUUUAUAAGAAGUUGUCCCAGAAAUAUCAGUUGCCAAAAUAAAGAUGAUGGAAGAUAGCAUAUUAUUGUUCACAACGUUUUACUGGUGACACUGUAUAUUUAUCAGUCUUUAUCAAUCUUUCAUUCUUAUUUACAAAGUUUACGAGCCUAAUCGUGUUAUCUCUCGUUAUGAUAUAACUGUUUACAUGUUAGUUUACUGCACAAUGUAUCUUCAUUAAUAUUCCUCAUUUGGCCUUGUAUAGGUUUAUCAUGAAAAUUCGUAUGCAUUGAUGAACUACUUCAAUAACGAUAUUUUCAUGUUAAAUAUUGUUAAAAUCAUAAUUUCU